AUGGCUCCAACUCCAAGAUUAGUAGCUAUUAGACAUGGUCAAACUGAAUGGUCGAAGAGUGGCCAAUACACAGGUUCAACUGACUUACCGUUAACUGAAGAUGGUGUUGAAGAAAUGAGAACAGCUGGUUUAUCUAUUUUCCAAAAAAAUAAUUUGAUUUCACCAGAACGUGUCACUUAUAUAGUCGUUUCUCCAAGAACAAGAGCUCAACAGACAAUGAAUUUGAUGUUGGAAAGUGUUCCAGAGGAAAGGAAGAAGCACAUUAAAGUUAUUGUCGAUGAAGAUGUUAGAGAAUGGGAAUACGGUGAUUAUGAAGGUAGACUAACUUCUGAAAUUAUUGAAUUGAGAAAAUCUAGAGGUUUAGAUAAAGAAAGACCUUGGUUGAUUUGGAGAGAUGGUUGUGAAAACGGUGAAUCAUCCGAACAAUUUGGAUUCAGAUUAUCUAGAGCCAUUCAGAGAAUUCGUCAAUUGCAUAAGAUCAGUCAUGAAAAAAAUGAGGCUGCUGAUAUUUUAUUAUUUGCACACGGUCACUCCAUUCGUUAUCUAUCCGCACUAUGGUUUGGUCUAGGUGUUGAAAAAGAAUGUUCAGAAGAGCAAAAGAAGGAAGUUGUCCAUCGUUAUGACAACAACGGUGAAUUAAUCCCAGACGUUCAUAUGGAAACUUACUCACAUAUGGUAUCCAAUCCAAACUUCUUAUUAUGUCCAGGUGGCAUGGUAGUCUUGGGCUAUAGUCAUGGUUGUCUAGAUGAACCAGCUUUGGAGUUAUCUGGUGCUUUUAUUCCACAAAAUUCUAUCUGUUUAACAUAA